AUGAAUAAUUCAUCAUCCAUUAUAACUGCUACUUCAACAACGUCGUCCAUUAUAACUGCUACUUCUCACGCUGCUGCUUCAACCACUACUGUUAUUUCUCCUAAUAAACAAGAAGUUCUCUCAUCAGUCACUUUACCAUCAACCACCACCUCACCAUCAACCACUUCACCAUCAAAUACACUCGAGCCAACCACUGACGAAUACACGAAAAUUUCGAAACCGCUUCCAUUAUCAGCAAUAAUUAUAAUUAUAAUAUCAGGCAUUUCGGCUCCUUUAAUAUCUUUAUUCUUCUUUUGGAGAUGUUUUGCUAAAAAAGAUUGGAAACGAUUUGUCGGAAGAAAACCAAAUCUUCAACAACCAUCAGAAAAAAUAAGACAGUCCGAACACGUACUUCCUGAUUUACUAGCAAACGCUCCUUGGAUCCCUCAACCAACCAGUGAAUAA